GGACUGAAGCAAACAUGGCCGCCGCCGACGGAACCGCAGCCGUGAACGUUGGAGAAGAAGCAGAAAACGAAGCAGAAGCGAAGCUGCGGACAUUAAAAGGUGCAGCGUUCCUCACCGCGGUGGCGUCCGCCGGCAUGGUGGCCGGGUUCGGCUCCUCGUUGGCUCUGGCCAAGAAGCACAGCCCUGGGUGGUUCACUAGAGGCGUAGCGGUGACGGCGGCGGCGCCAGAGGGCGGGGCCUCCGUGGCCCUGCGGGCUCUGGGGUGGGGCUCCCUGUUGGCCUGGGGGGGCGUCGGCCUGCUCAGCGUCUCCGUGUGGAAAGCGCUCGGAGUUCACAGCUUAUCGGAGUUCAGACUCAAGAUGCAGUCGCUCUUCCCCAAAAUCCCAAAGACCUCCGAGGAUGCUGGAUCAGAACCUCCGGACUGGGACUCUGUCUUCAAGUCAAAGUGACCCCCUGGUUCUGGACCCUUUUGGACUGGGACUCUGUCCUCAAGUCAAAGUGACCCCCUGGUUCUGGACCCUUUUGGACUGGGACUCUGUCUUCAAGUCAAAGUGACCCCCUGGUUCUGGACCCUUUUGGACUGGGACUCUGUCUUCAAGUCAAAGUGACCCCCUGGUUCUGGACCCUUUUGGACUGGGACUCUGUCCUCAAGUCAAAGUGACCCCCUGGUUCUGGACCCUUUUGGACUGGGACUCUGUCCUCAAGUCAAAGUGACCCCCUGGUUCUGGACCCUUUUGGACUGGGACUCUGUCCUCAAGUCAAAGUGACCCCCUGGUUCUGGAUCCGGACCGGGACUCUGACUUCCUCCUGCUGGCGGACGAAUCCUCUGGACCAGUUUGUCUGACUCCGGCAGCCCUCCUGGAACCAGAACCAGAACCAGACGGGAGAACCAGAAACAUUUUGUCACCGUGUUCUUCUUCUGUGGUUUUAAAAGCUGUGACAUGAACUCCAUUAACAUGUGUUUUGGUCCCAUAAAGGGUCAAAGGUCACCGUGAUGCUCGUUACAUUUAGGUGCACUCGUUUCUCUCAGCAGACUAAAAUAAAGUCUGUUUACUAGUU